AGUCACAAGAAAUUAUUCUAUUAAUUAAUAACGUAUCGCUAUAUAGCAAUUAACAAAUAAAUUUAUUAAAACAUCAAUUUUUAAUGGAUUUUGAAAUAUAUUUCUUACUCUUGACAUGGCAUCUGUAUUACCGAAUUUCUUUAGUAUCAACAUUAAACAUUGACAAAGAACCCAAAUGUGCUUAUGAGAAUACGGUGAAUUUAACAAAUCAUCAUAAAUAUCAAAAUGGUUCUUUUUUGUAUCAGGGAAAAAUAAUACCACCUGAGAUUUUAGCUCUCUAUGAUUAUGCUGUAUUAUGGGGAACGAAAAAAUCGGUGCCGUUGCAUGUGAGAGGUUGCAUUUGUGAUAAAUAUCCUUGUAUUAGAUUGUGUUGUGAAAAGGAUGAAUAUUUCGAUGAAAUUACAAAAAAGUGUGAAAAACUUAGGAAUGAUAUUUUAAUGAUUUGGCAAUUACGAAUAGAAGGACUUGUUGGCAAAUUUAAAGUGUCGGAUAUUCUGAAUGAAUUUAUUAUUGAAAUUGGUUUACCCUGUUUGGAAUCAAUGACACUAAAUCUUAUUGCAGAUACCACGACAUUGUCUCAAACAGGAUUGUUGCAAACGCCUUAUAAACGAUACGAAAGUUCUGAAUUUUGUUAUUCGCCGCAUUCAUCGGAUAAUUCCAUUUAUACAUUAAAACCAUUUACUUGCCUCUUAAACGCUGAUAACCUCGAAAAGAAUAAAUUCAGCAAAGGUACGUUCACACUGAUGAAAUUUCUAACUACAUCAAAAAAUUUGAAAAUUAUCGAGGUAAAAGGCUUUAUAUCUAUUUUAUUUUUAAUUCCCACCACAUUGUUAUAUCAUUUUUUAAAAGAAUUAAGAGAAAAUCUGAGUGGUAAACUAUAUUUCUAUUAUCUUUUCGCGAUAACCAUGAGUAAUGUCAUAUUUGCUCUUCUUAAUUCAAUGUAUUUUCUAUGGAAUGGUAUAUGGAUUAUUAUAAUGGGUUUUACAGGUUUAGUUCUUCAUAUAAUUGCCAUUUCAUGGCUAAGUAUAUUCUCUUAUGAUAUUUGGAGAAAUUGCAAAUCUAAAAUGAUGUCUAAGCUGUUUACUAUAUACUGCUUGUGCGUCGGCUUGAAUGUUUUUCUGGCAUCUAGUUUGAUAAUUUUUAAAAAAUUGUCUAAAAGUUAUCCUUUGGAAAGUGAAGAAAUGUUUGAAGAAGUAUUAUGGUGGAAUAAUCAAAGAUGGUCUUCACUUCAAAUUAUCAUUCCAUCUAUUUUAAUUUUAUUUUUCAAUUGUAUAAAGUUGUUCCACAUAAUGGUAGUUAUAACAAAGAGGAGAGACAGUGGGACACAUAAUAAACUGAUUUUCAAAAAGAAUGCCAUUAUUUUCUUGCGUUUAUUCAUAAUACUGGUUAUUCCUUGGUCCUUAAAAAUCUUGAAAUUUUCAAUUGCUGAGGCCGUUCAAGGAACAAUGAUCUUUUUAUCGUCUGUUUUCAGAAGAAAGAUUUGGAUAUUAUUGGAACAAAAUAUUAAAAAGAGUCGACUACCGGAGGAGAAUGUUAUCAAUACGGAAACUAUAGAAUAAUAUUAGUAUUUAGUGCGAAAUAUUCAAAAAAUAAUGUUUCUAUUUAUCAUGAAUGCUGUAGGUAAUUAAAAAAAAAGUAUGCAAUAAUAUGGACCAUAAUGACGCAUUUCUUAAUGGACCAAUAGACGUACAUAACUAAAAAUAAAACUCUUCUAGGGUGUGUGACCAAUAUUUCUAUGCACUGAUUUUAAUAUCCUCCACAGUGCAGAGCUGUGCGGGGUAUGAAGACGAGAAACCCACUAGAAAGUUUUUGCAAACGUUCAGCAAAAGUUGAUGCAUCUAUCCGCAGAAGUUUAUCUUUAAUCUCUGAUGAACCGUGGAGUGAUUAAUUGAAAUUUUCUAUUAAAAAUAAUAAUUUUCGAUAAAAAUGGUAAUAAAUAAACUGAG